AUUGAAUUACUGCAACUUGUCAGAAACCAGCUGUGCAUCUCUGGUCUCAGCUCUGAAGUCUAACCCCUCCAACCUGACAGAACUGGACUUGAGUGGGAAUGACCUGAAAGAUGCUGGACUAGAAGAGCUUUGUGGUUUUCUCCAGACAUCCAUUUGCAAACUACAGAUAUUGAGAUUGGAACGCUGCAAGUUGUCAGAGAUCAGCUGUGCUUCUCUGGGCUCAGCUCUGAAGUCCAACCCCUCCCAUUUGACAGAACUGGAUCUAAGUGAGAACAACCUGAAAGAUGGUGGAGUGAAGCAGCUCAGUGGUUUUCUCCAAUCUCCCCUCUCCAAACUACAGACAUUGAGAUUGAUUGGAUGUGGUUUUUCAGAGAUCAGCUGUGCUUCUCUCAGCUCAGCUCUGAAUACCAACCCCUCCCAUCUGACAGAGCUGAACCUGAGUAGGAACGAAGACCUAAAAGAUGAUGGAGUGAAGCAGCUCUGUGGUUUUUUCCAGUCUCCCCACUGCAAACUACAGACAUUAAA